UUCCAAGAAGCCAUACAAUACAAAUACAUGAAACAAAACGUUAUCUCCACUCAAUACCCACUUCAUAUUCUUAUCAGAAUAUUAGAAUUAGCUAAGUGCACGACCAGAAUCAAUGGAAAAUCUGUGCAUUCUUUUCAUUCUGUUGCUACAGAUUGGAUCAGGGAUUGCUGCUUCUCACUUCACUGUAAAGUAUAUUCCAGGGUUUCAGGGGCCACUUCCCUUUGAGCUGCAAACUGGAUAUAUUGGCGUGGAUGAAUCAGAAGAUGUACAGCUGUUCUACUACUUCAUUAAGUCACAGAGGAAUCCUAAAGAAGACCCUAUCUUGCUUUGGCUAACCGGUGGCCCUGGCUGCUCUGCGUUGUCUGCUCUUCUUUAUGAAAUUGGUCCAGUCACUUUUGAGGUGGUGGAAUACAAUGGGAGCUUACCGACACUGGUCCUGAACCCACAUUCAUGGACACAGGUGGCCAGCAUAAUAUUCAUGGAUUUGCCUGCUGGCACUGGAUUUUCCUAUGCAAAAACCGAACUAGCUUCCCAUUCAACUGACUUGAUUCAAGUUCGCCAAGCAGAUCAAUUUCUUAGAAAGUGGCUAGUGGAUCAUCCAGAAUUCCUGUCGAACCCAGUCUAUAUCGCAGGGGACUCCUACUCUGGGAUUACCAUUCCGGCUAUAACUCAACAGCUCUUACAUGGGAAUGAAGAGGGUAUGGACCCACCCAUAAAUGUGAAGGGAUAUAUUGUAGGGAACGGUGCCACAGAUCCAAGUUUUGAUGCCAACUCAAAGAUCCCAUUUGCCCAUGGAAUGGGUCUUAUUUCUGAUGAACUCUAUGAGGCAUUAAAGAGAAGUUGUGGAGAAGAAUAUGUGAAUAUAGACCCCAACAAUACUGAAUGCUUGAAGCAUAUGCAGGACUUCAACGAGGGUCUUUAUGGGAUUUUUCCUAAUCACAUCUUGGAACCCAUUUGUGGUUUUGCUUCCCCAAAACCCUUUCAGAUAUUUGGUACAGGAUUUCUCGGUGACAACUCUCAAGACAUACUCCAAAUCGAUCCAUUUGUUCCUACAAUUGGCUGUCGUAGUUAUGCGUAUCUGCUUUCUUCUAUUUGGACAGAUGAUAAGAAUGUUCGCAAAGCACUUCAUAUACGAGAGGGAACUGUAACGAAAUGGCAGCGAUGCAACUACGGAAUAUCUUAUACAGUCGACAUUCCAAGCAGUCUUAAGUAUCAUUUAUCCCUUAGCAAGAAAGGAUACCGCUCAUUAAUCUAUAGCGGCGAUCAUGAUAUGGUUGUGCCGUUCUUGGGAACUCAAGCAUGGAUUAGAUCUCUAAACUAUUCGAUUCUUGAUGAUUGGAGACCAUGGAUAGUUGAUUGGCAAAUUGCAGGGUACACAAGGACUUACUCUAAUCGGAUGACAUUUGCAACUGUUAAGGGUGCGGGGCACACAGCGCCAGAAUACAAGCCUGCAGAAUGUUUAGCAAUGUUCAAAAGGUGGAUAAAUCAGGUGCCUUUGUAAUAUGUGCAUCAGAAGCCCUAGUAAGGAAAUAACGGCCACCAAUUAAUAGUAAUACAAACCUUGGGAGGCAAUGUCAGAAUAGCAAGCCAUUUCUUAAAUAAUAUUCAAUCUCAACAUUUCUGCA